AUGAGCAAGGACAAGCAGGGAAAGCAGGUGCCGGAGCGCGCCGUACCUCUGUCCCCGUCCAAAGGGCAGAAGGCCCCCAGGAUGCCCAAGUGCUCCCGGUGCAGGAACCACGGAUACGUGUCUCCUCUGAAGGGACACAAGCGCUUCUGUAACUGGAGGGACUGCCAGUGUCCCAAAUGUAAGCUGAUCGCGGAGCGGCAGAGAGUCAUGGCGGCGCAGGUCGCCUUGAGGAGGCAGCAGGCUCAGGAGGAGGAGCUUGGGAUUUGCAGUCCGGUGCCUCUGUCCAGCCCCGAUGUGAUGGUGAAGAAUGAAACUGGGGCAGAUUGCCUGUUUUCUGUGGAAGGACGAUCCCUCACUCCUACCGACUCUCCCACUUCUUCUCUUGCCGUCACAGGGGCCCGCUUGGCAUCGUCCUCCAGUCCGUCAGCUGCUGCCAGGACUCAUACUGAGGGGCCGUCCGACCUGCUGCUGGAAACCUCCUAUUACAAUUUCUACCAGCCCUCCCGCUACCCCACCUACUAUGGCAACCUUUACAACUACCAGCAGUACCAGCAGCUGAACCACGGUGAUGGCCGCCUGUCCAGCCACAACGUGUCGUCUCAGUACCGCAUGCACUCCUACUACCCAGCAGCCACCUACCUGACUCAGGGCCUGGCCUCCACCACCUGUGUGCCGCCCUUCUUCAGCCUGGACGAGAACAACAACAACAACAGCUGCUCUGAGACCAUGGCAGCCUCCUUCUCGUCCGGCAGCGUCACCGCCAGUCAGGACUCCACCAUGAUUUGCCGCUCCAUCAGCUCCCUGGUCAGCUCUGACGGGAAGGCUGAGUGCGAGGCCGGCAACCAGAUGGCCAACUUCACUGUUGACUCCAUCAACGAUGACACCGCCAAGUGA